GGGCCAAAACAAGCAAGUAAUGCAAGCAAAUCAAAUCCUCGUUUUUCAUGUUGAGCAACUAACAACAUUUUACACAUAAUUUUUCGAUCUUUCGUCCUCGUCUUCUUCUUCCUUGUUGUGAUUGUAUACCAGAAUUUGUUCAUUUGCGUCAGAUCUAAGACACACACCAUAAGCAACCGACAUCCAACACCAACCUUACAACUCAUUCAUCUUUAUUUCUACACUAGAUCUCUCUUAUUUCUUCAAUUCAAUCCAGUGAUUGGAUGUUGCUGAUUGAGCCCUCUUCUUAGACCUAAGCCCGGUUCGGAAUGGACAAAAAGCCGAACCGGACUGAUCUUCUUACUGCUGGCCGCAAAAAGCUACAACAAUACCGUCAGAAAAAGGAUAAUAAAGGGAAAGAUGGAAAAGGAAAAGAUGGAAAAACCAGUAGUAGGUCCACCAGUAAAGCUGAUAAGUCUGAACAAAGUAAUGUUGAUGCCAACUUGAAUACUGUUGCUGAUACAACAGAAGCAGAAUCAUCACAAGUUGCUGGAGCAGAAGUGGAAUCUUCAGCGCAUUCUUUAGACUCUACCAAUGAUACUCAGAAGCCUUUGAAGAAAUCACAGGAUACAUCUCCUGAUUCCCAGAAUUAUGCAGACUCACCAGGCUUGGUGUCAGCAGAGACUGCAUUAAAUCAUGAACUUGGAUUUAAUACUUCAAAUGAAGGAGAGGUAGAGAUAACUUGUGGGGCUGAAGGGGCUGGGACAUCAGUUUCUUCUGAAUCCAACACUGUGCAUGUUGAUGGUUUGGCUCCCAGUUCUGAUUCUGCCCCUGUAGCAGCAUCUGAUGCUAAAAUGGUUGCUGUUGGUUCUAUUGAAGUGAAGGGCAUGCAUGAGGGAGAUCAGGUAUCAGUUUUAGGGGCAAUGCAGGAUGCUGAGAAUUUUGAUCUGAAGCAUUGUGAUAAAAAUGUUGAGCUGAAGCCAGAUGAGUUUCCACCAGCAUCAAAUGCCAUCACAGAAAAGUUGAUUACUCCUAAUCCUGAAGCGGAGCUUGGUAUUUCUACUGCUGCAGUCAGUGGGUUCAGAGGAGAUCUUGAAACUGUUGAAGUUUCUGUUCCUGCUGAGACAAUCCCUACGCAUGCUGAACUAGCAAGUCCGAAGGAACUCAAUUCACAAUCUGCAAGUGAUUCAAGACAUUUUGGAAGCAAAGAAAAUCAAGCUCAUUUUGAUCAGAUAUCUGUCGAAGGGUGUGAUGAGACCAACUCACUAGAAGGAUCUAGUGUGAUUGAUGGUAAAAGUCACAAAGAUGUUGAGAACAGCCUUGUAGACUCUUCUGGGGACCAAUCUUUGUGCUCAGGUGUACAAGGCAACUUCUUGGACCUGGUUCAACUUGCUGAGGUGCUGAAGGGGCUCUCUGAAGGUGAUUUUAGGUACUUGAUCAAGUCAAGAGAAAUAACACAUCUUGACAAUCUAGCUGUGCCCAAAAAUGAGAUGGUUGCUCUUUCUGAGACAAUCCAGGAGCAGCUUUACCUAGCAAACAUUUCAAAAGACUUAUUAUAUUUGCAAUUUCUUGAGAAGAAUGAACAACAAACUGAUCGUGAUCAUGAAGCACCUGCUCUUACUGCAUUGCUUACAGAUGUUCAAGAAUGCAAUAAAAGCCUCAGUCUGGAGCUUGCUCAGUGCAGAUCUGAACUGGAGGUUGCUAUCAGUGAGAAACUGAGCUUUCAGAACGUGUAUCAUCAUGCCAAAGAAGAGAGAGUGAAAUUUUCUGCCAAAGUUGAUGAACUGGAGAUUAAAUUGGACGAGUCUAUCAUGCAAAUCUCCAGUCUUUCUGCAGACUUGGCCAAUUCUAAGGUUUUAUUGGAAGCUUCGCAGGUAGAGAAUGAAAAGCUAUUGAAAAGUUUAGAAUUAGUGUCUGAGCAACGUAAUAAAUUUGAGGAGGCGAUGGAACAAUAUUCCCAUGAAAAUCAAAAGCUCUCACUGGAUAUUUCUAGUAGUAGCACUCAAUUGGAUGUACUGGAGCAGGAAAUUACCAACUUGAAAAUCACCCUUGCUUCUGUGACUGAUGAGAGGAAGAAGUUUGAGGAAGAAAAGGAAGUUCUUUUUCAUGAGAAGGAGAUGCUUUCAGGAGAUUUGGCAGAUUGUAGGGGAAUGAUUGCGACUUUGCAGCAUGAAAAUUCUGGUUUGAAUUCAAGCCUUGCAGUCUUGAUUGAAGAAAACAAGGAGCUAAAAGAUCACGGCGAUUUCCUUGUCCAGGAGUUUGGAAAACUCUCUAUUGAACUUGUUGUUUACCAAGAAACGGUGUCAAUGCAACAUCAGGAACAUGUGCAGCUUGAGGCUGAACUGAGAGAAGCAGUUUCACGUCUCGAACUAAUGGCUGAAGAAAACAUUGCUCUCCAUAGCAGCUUGAACAUUCAUAAAGCAAGAAUACAUGAGACUGAUACCAGGGAAAUUCAUUCUUCUGUGGGGAUUGGAUCCAGGACUCAUUUCCGAACAGCUGACACUGAUAGUUCUGCUGAAAAUUUUGCAAAAGAGGACCCUGAAGCUGCAUCACUGUCAGUUGCCUCUGCAGCUGGAGACGUGUCUGAUGCAUCUCUUUGUAAUAUACAAUCUGGUUCCUGUGAGGGUGCUUUAACUAUUAAGGGAUAUCUAGAGGAGGCUGAGAAAAUGAUGCAAAAACUUGAAAAGGAAGUUGACAGCAUGCAUUCUCACUCAGUAUCUCUUAGUCGAUCAUCUGGUAAAAAUACAGCUCCUGGAGUUUCAAAAUUGAUUCAAGCUUUUGAGACCAAAGCUAGUGUUGAUGACCAAGGGCCCGAGGAAAGCUCCUUAACUGAAAGUAUAGGGCUUCUUGAUCCCUAUUUUGCUGCAAAGAAGCAAAUAAGUUCUUUGGCAGGUAUACUUCAGGCCCUUGCUCAGAAUGUUGAACAUGUGGAUGCUCUGUUCAUGGAAGAAAGUAUUCGAUGUAAAGCUGCUGUUGUAGCCUGUGGUGAGCUUGAGGACGAAGUUGAAGCUCUGAAGGGUGUCAGUAAUAAUCUUGAAGCAAGAAACAUUGAGCUGGAAGUAUUUUGCGAAGUUAUGAAUCAACAUGCACAUGAUACUGAAGCAAAGAAAACUCAGCUUGAAGAUUUAUGUGAAGUUCUGGAAAGACAAUAUGCAGAUUCCCAGAUGCAGAAUGUCGAACUUGAUAAGAAGUUGACCGACACUCAAUCUACAAUCAAUGUAUUGCAGGUUCAACUAAAGGAGCUGCGAAAAAGCUCAGUUGAGGUGACUUCUAUGUUUCUCAAUGAAGUUGAAACCAUGAAGAGGGAAAUGAGAGAGAAUAUAUUAUCAGUUGAGAGGGAAUGGAAUUCUGCCUUUGCCGAGCUUGUUCCGAUGGUUCAGAAGCUAGACACAGUUGUUAGAUCUGCAGCUGCUUACCCUCUUCUGUGUGAGGUGAGCCAUGACAUGAACGUUUUUGACCGAUUCUCUAUAUCUCUAAACGCUGCCUGUGAAGUGAUUCAGAACUGCAAGUCGAGGCUUGAUGCUCAUGAUAAACUUUCUAGCUCAUAUGUAGAAGUAGAGGAAAAGUUGCAUGCUGUUAAUGAAGAACACAGUUUGGCUAUUGGUCUAUUACAGAAAUUUUCUGCUGAUGUGGCGAAUUUGCUACAUGUCAGUGUUGAACAAUGUGAAGAUAGUAAAGUACUUCACAAUGAGAACAACCAACAGGGUCUGUUGGAUGUUAGUUAUUAUGAGGCCAUUGUAGCUAAAUUGGGAAAUUUGCUUGGUGACGUACUGCAGCUUAAGGAGUCAAACAACAAAUUGUCCUCAGACCUGUUGAAGAAAGUGCAUGAAAUUGAGGAACUGAAUGAAAGAUGUUUGAACACAGAAGCAUUACCGAAGCUUAUUUUGGAUGUCAAGGAAUUGCUAAAGAUUCAUGAUACAGAGGUGAACUUAGAUGAAUCACCUGCUUUAAGCCUGCAGUCUUUAGUUUUGUUGCUUAUUCAGAAAUUUAAGGAGCUAGAAAAGCAGGCCAGCUUAUCAACUAAUGAAGCCAACUUUAGGGCAGUAGAGCUUGAUGAGCUGCAGAGCUAUGUAGAGUCGUUAAAUUCUUUGAUUAUUCAGCAGCAGAAUGACGUCCUUGUCCUCAGGGCGAGCUUGGUUCAGGCAAAAGACGGCUUUGAUGUUAUGCAAGCUGAGUUACUGCAGAAAGUGAAGGAGCUUGAGCAAUCGGAGCAGCGGGUUGCUUCUGUUAGAGAAAAGCUUAGCAUUGCUGUUGCAAAGGGAAAAGGCUUGGUUGUGCAGCGUGACAGUCUUAAACAGUCUCUGGUAGAAAUGUCAAGUGAACUUGAUAAGUACUCGCAGGAGUUGCAGUUGAAAGAUUCUAGGAUUCUUGAGGUCGAAGAGAAACUAAAGGACUAUUCAGAGGCUGGUGAACGUAUGGAAGCUCUGGAAUCUGAGCUGACAUACAUUCGUAACUCGGCAACGGCACUAAGAGAGUCUUUUCUUCUAAAAGAUUCUACCCUUCAGAGGAUCGAGGAGAUUUUAGAAGAUCUUGAGCUGCCAGACCAUUUUCACUCAAAAGACAUCUUAGAGAAGGUUGAAUGGCUGGGUAAGACAGUUGCUGGCAAUUCAUUGCCACCGGCUGAGUGGGACCAAAGGAGCUCUGUUGGAGGAGGGUCAUACUCAGAUACUGGCUUUGUUGUUACAGAUGGAAGCAAGGAUGAUGUGCAACCUACCUCAAAUCUGGAUGAUGAUUUGAGAAGGAAAUAUGAGGAGUUGCAGGCAAAGUAUUAUGAAUUGGCUGAACAAAAUGACAUGCUGGAGCAAUCAUUGAUGGAAAGAAAUAUUUUGGUGCAAAGAUGGGAGGAGGUUUUGGAUAGGAUAAAUACACCUACUCAGAUAAGAUCUAUGGAACCCGAAGAAAGGAUUCACUGGUUAGGGACUGCUGUGUCAGAGGCCGACCACCACAUGAGGUCUCUUCAGCAGAAAAUUGAAAACCUUGAGAAUUAUUGUGAAUCACUGUCAUCUGAUCUUGAAGAAUCACAGAGAAGAGCAUAUGAACUCGAAACGAUUCUUCAUGAGAAGGAAAGUGCAUUGUCUGAAGCUGAUGUCCACACAAAAUCUCUUCAGCAGAAGAUUGAUAAGUUCGAAAGUUAUCGUGUUUCACUGUUAACUGACCUAGAAGAAUCUCAAAGAAGAAUAUCCGAGCUUGAAUCCUCUCUGCAAUCAGUCAUUCAAGACAAGGAGACUCUUUCAAGUAGCUUGGUGACUUCGACUUCUGAUCGUGAAAUAGCUUUGCAUACCAUUGAGCAAUAUGAGCUUGAGCUGGAUAGUUUAAGGAAAGAAGCUAGCGUUUUGCAGGGGAACUUGGCAAAGAACCUUGAAAAUGUGGAUCAGAUGAAUCAGAUUGAUAGUGCCUUAAAGAGACUACAGGACUUGAUUCUUGAUGCGCUUCAGGAUUCUGGAACUGAAGACGAGUCUUCUGAUGUCAGUAAUAUUCAGGUCUUGGAAAGAUUGAUUGUAAAACUUUUGAAUCAUGAUAGAGAAGUUGAUGUAGAAGGUCACGAUCAUAAAGUAGGGGUACAAGAACACACUUUGGCGCAUACUGCAAAAGCAUUAAUGGUGACAAAUACGGAGAAUGAGCAUCUCUAUGAAAAGGAUGUCAUUGAUUUGGAUGAUUCCAUGUCCAGGAGCAGAGUCCAUGAGGGGCAGAAUGUUGCAGAUCUGAAUCGAGAGCUUGCUGAGGCUUUAGAUGAAAUUGUAAGGCUCAGGGAGGAGAGUAAUUUAUACAUGCAGAAGAAUCAAUCUGUGGUGAGUGAACUGGAAGAAGUAAAUAAGAGACAGAAGGAACUUGUGGAGCUUGUUAAUCAGGAAGAGCAGAAGUCAGCCUCUCUUCGUGAGAAGCUAAAUCUUGCUGUUAGAAAAGGUAAGUCACUAGUCCAGCAAAGAGAUGGUCUGAAACAGAACAUUGAGGAGAUGACUGCCGAAAUAAAUCGAUUGAAAUCUACAAUCAACAGCCAUGAAUCUUCUCUCGCAGAGUCUAGUCAGAAGAUAAGUGACUUGUGUCUCCAAAUAGAAACUUUCAAAGCAUUUGAAGCUGAAAAUUUAUCUUUGAAAGACCGUCUCUUAGAAGCUGAGCAACAUUUACAGCAAAAUCGCAAUACUUUAAGCUUGGUGCUUAGCAAACUAGGUGAGAUCAGUGCUUUUGGAGGAAAUAUUUUUGAUGAUCCACUACAAAAGUUGGAAGAAAUUGUAAAAUCGUUCUCUGAUCUACAAAACUCCACUGCUUCUUUUGAGCUGGAGGCAAAGAAAUCCAAAAGAUCAGCUGAGCUUCUGUUGGCUGAGUUGAAUGAAGUUCAGGAAAGGAAUGAUGGUCUGCAAGAAGAAUUGGAAAGAGCUCAGGUUGAGAUUAUAAAUCUCUCAAAGGAAAGGGAUCUUGCAAAUUCGGCCAAAGUUGAAGCUCUUUCUCAUGUAGAUAAAUUGUCUGAUGAGAGAGAGAAGCAACUUGCUGAACUGGAGAGGUUAAACUCCAGCGUCAAUGGAGUGAAGAAAGUCUUCUUUGAUAUAUCUACGCUCAGUGAUGAUGUGUUCGCAAAGGAUUUAGAGCUCUUGCACAAUGUGAGGGCUCAAAUGGAGUCUAACGUGGAUGUUGGCACAAAUUCAGUGUCUGCUAAAGAUCAAGUUGGCCUGGUCUCUGUUAAUUCCAGAUUCAAGGAUUUCUGGUCAAGAACUUCGUGGGGCAAUAAGAUCCCUGAUUCUUUGGAUGAGAGUGCUGGCUUUGAAGUCUGUGAGGUUAUUGAACAGCAUCUUCAGCAGCUAACAGAAACUAUUGGUGAUUUUAAGGAGAGAUUACAAAGUCAUUCAAUGUCGUUGAGAACAGAGGCUGAGUGGUUAUCUGCUGUCGUUGGCACCAUGCUAAGAGAAAUUGCUUCUCAAAGAAACUCCUUGGAAUCCAUCAAGGGUGACAACAUCCGUUUAGAAUCAGUCGGGAAAGAAAAAGACAUGGAGGGAGUUGUAUUCCGUAGAAUCUUAUCUCUUCUAUAUGAAGCAUGCAUUAGCUCCAUCAUGGAGAUUGAAAAUAGAAAAGCCCAAUUGAUUGGAGAAAAUUUUUCUGCUGAGGAGCUUAGAAUCAACUUGCCGGCUUUGCCUACAGCUGAUGGUGUUAACUUUAGCGGGGUUGCGGUUUCGUCUUCUGAGGAAUCUGUAAAACUUCUGGCUGAUAAGCUUUUGGGGUCUGUAAAAGAUUUUGUUGAUUUUGGAAUCAAGGGUAUUGAAGGUCAAAGCAAAGAGAUGAAAUCUACAAUAUUUGAUUUGCAAAAGGAGCUUCAAGAGAAGGAUGUCCAAAGGGAACGGAUAUGCAUGGAGCUUGUAAGCCAAAUUAAGGAAGCCGAAGCUACUGCUGCACAUUGUUCCCGGGAUCUGAAAUCAAUGACGGAUUAUGCUCAUGAUUUGGAGAACAAGCUGGAUGCUUUAGGUAAAGACAGGAGCUUGUUGGAACAAAGUGUGGCUGAACUACAGGAGGACUGUCUCAGUUCAACUGAGUUAGGGGAAAAGUUUAAGUCACUGACUGGUGUGGUGGCUGCCAAAGAACAAGAAAUUGAGGCUCUGAUGCAAGCACUAGAGGAGGAAGAGAAUCAGAUGGAAGCCCUGAGAAGUGAGAUUGAAAAGCUGGAAAAAGCAUUAGAACAGAAGAAUAUAGAUUUGGAGAAUGUAGAAGCUUCUCGUGCUAAGGCCCUUAAAAAGCUCUCUGUGACUGUGAACAAGUUUGAUGAGCUGCACCAUAUGUCUGAAGGUCUUCUCUCUGAAAUUGAAAAUCUUCAAACGCAGUUGCAGGAUCGAGAUGCAGAAGUUUCUUUCUUAAGGCAAGAGGUCACUAGAUGCACUAAUGACGUCUUAGAAGUGACAAAGAUGACAAAAGAACGAUCUUCUAGCGAGCUUCAUGAUUUUCUAACAUGGUUGAAUUCUAGCUUUUCUGGUGUUCUGAAGCACAAUGUCCAUGCUGUUGAUGGCAAUGUUAGUCCUCAGGAUGAGUACAAGGAACAUGUUCAGAGGGACAUAACAUCAAUUAUAUCUGAAUUGGAAGACUUGAGGCUUGCAGCACAAAGUAAGGAUACACUUCUACAAGCAGAACGAAAUAAGAUGGAAGAAUUGUUACACACAAAAGCAGCUCUUGAAGCUUCACUGCAUGAGAAAGAGCUACAUCUAAAAUCACUCCAGGGUGUUGGGGUCUCUGGUUUAGGAACCUCUGAAAUCGUUGAGGUUGAACCAGCGGUAAACAAAUGGACAUCACCAGCUCCUUCUCAAGUUCGGAGUUUACGCAAAGUGAACAAUGACCAAGUUUCUAUAGCUAUUGAUGCAGAUGCUGAAAAUUCUGGUAGAAUUGAGGAUGAAGAUGAUGAUAAAGUCCAUGGCUUCAAAUCACUUACAACGUCAAGAUUCGUCCCAAGGUUCACAAGGCCUGUCAGCGAUAUGAUUGAUGGUCUAUGGGUAUCUUGUGACCGAACACUAAUGCGUCAACCUGCGUUUCGCCUUGGCAUCAUGAUUUAUUGGGCUGUAUUGCAUGCAUUAUUAGCCUCACUCAUAGUUUGAAAAGUAUCAGAAUUAAUGUGAAGUGAACAAGUUAAGGGAUGCUCUAGCUGUAAUGAUGAUUCUUAUUAGACUGCAGCCUAACUUCAUAAUGCUCGUUAAGAUUUCUCCCAGCAUACUGAGGUUAUACUGCUUUAAUAUGUUUAACUCAAUGCUAGACUGGGGAAACUGAGAUUUGCUGCUGUUUUUAGUUCUGGUGAAUCUCAGUCAGCUUUACAUUCAGUAAGAAGCCGGGGGUUUACCGUAGAAUGGAUAUGAUGGUUAAAGAUAUAGCAUUUUUGUUACAUGGAGUACAGCUAAAAAUUUGUGGGUUUUGCACACUUACAACUUAAAAGGGUUUCUGUAGGCUUGGAGCCGUGUACAAUGUACAAAUGUAUCUAGUUAGCGCAUGCGGUUCAUGUUUUUUUUUGGUGGAAUUUUAAUUGUUUGAUACACCAAUUACAUUUGGAAUAGAAAAAUACUGACGUUUAUAUUUGUCAAGGAGUUCUUUCUAGUCCUGAAUACUAGUUUGUAGCGACAAUGUAUGUCGGGAAGUCCUUCCGAGUCCUCAAUACUGAGUUUGUUUUGUAUAGAAAAUGGGAAUGUUUUGGAGUA